AAAAAUUAAACCAAUGAUCAUUAACUUCCGGUAAGCUAGAAUUCAAGUAAGAUUUUUGAAAUUAAACGGAUCUUGAACAGAACGAUAGAGUGUCAAAGCAAACAAAACGGUUUUUGRAAUUUAAUUGAAUGAGUUUGUGUAUUCAUAUAUUGAAUUAUGGAUUGGUUACAAAUAAUUAUUGAAUGGAUUAAUUGUUUAAAUGUUUURGAAGCMCCAAUUAAAGACAUUGAAGAAUUAAAAGAGAAACAGUUGUAUGGAAAGUUAAUUGAAUCAUUGACUUUGAGAAAAGAUGUAAAUGGAUCUGAUGAUGAAAAUAUUAUUUCCGCAUUUAUUAAAGAUGAAUAUCCUGAAUUUCAAAUUAAUAAGGAUCAAAUUGAAAAAUAUUCCGAAGACACAUAUAUCAUGUCGUUAGUACUAUCUCAUGCGAGUCAAAAUUCUAAUUUUCAUUUACCUAUGUGUACUAAAUUACARCAUGAAACACAAAUUAAAAUUAAAUCUUUUCUUGAAAUGGUAUUACCUUAUGGAAAGUCCAUUUCUUUUGAAAUAUUAAGAKACGYUAUAAUAGAGUUAACUGAAAUUGAAAGAAAAAAUGUAUUUAAAACACCAAAUACACGUUCUCUUAAGGAAUUUUUUGGUUCUCCGGUAGUACGUUCUGCCCAAAGCAGUAGAAUUUUAAAUGAAAGAAAUCGUGAAUUAAGACUUUUAAAAUCCGAAUUAGAAGUAGAGAGGUUUGAAAAAGCAGAUCUUCAAGAGGAUUUAAAAAUAGAAAAAAACCAAGUGCAGCGUUUAAUGAAAUUACUGGAAGAAAAAACAUUAGAAAUAAAAAAAUUAAAAGAAGAAAAAAAUAAACUAGUAACUCCAAGAUCUUGUAAAAAAGGAAAGAAUACAUUUCACAAUGAAGAUUAUUACAAGCGAGAAAUACAUGAAUUAGAAAAUCAGUUACUUCAAUCUCAAGAUAAUAUUAUUAAAUUGGAAGAACAUAAAACAACUGUUACAGAAAAAUUAACAUUUUUAGAGAAAAAAAAUAUAAGUCUUAACGAAAAGUGCAAUAACUUAGAAAGAUCUAUAGAAAUGUUAACGGUAGACAUGGAGUCUAAGGAAAGAGAAAUAGUAGAUCUUAAAAUAACUAAUGAAGAUUUACGUGCACAUUUAAGAAAAUUAAAUGGACCAUCGAUAGAAGACAGUUUUGAAGUUGAUGGAGUUAUAUUAGAAAAUUCUUUGUUGAUACCUAUGAAUACGAGUGAGACUUUAAGUUCUGUUAUUGACGUUCAACUUCAAGAAGCGAGAAAUGAAAAUACUUUAUUAAAAACACAGCUUAAUCAGUUAAAGGAAAAAUUAGAAAUUACUUUAAAAGAACAUAAAGAUUCAACACAUUUAAUAUCAAUCUUGCAAAAUGAAGUGAAAAUCGAAGAACAUCAAAAAGUAUUAAAURAAAAAAUAGAUAUUUUGAAUAAAGCAUUGCAUGAUGAAACUAUAAAAUCUUCUGACUUGAGAGCUGCUUUGGUUAAAGCAGAAUCUCUUGUAACUGAACAUAACAAUAUUUUAAAAUUGAUUGAAUCUAAGGACAGUGAAAUAAGCUCUUUACAUUUAAAUAUAAAAAAUUUAUAUGUGGAAAAAGAUCGCUUGAUCCAYAUACAAAAAGAAAGUGAUAAUAAGACAAAAGAGUCUAUCAUACAAUUAGAAACGCAGUUAUUAGAUAAACAACAUUUGUUAGAACAAUUAAACAUGGAUAUCAAAUUAAAAGACGAAACAAUACUGAUAUUACGAUCACAAAUAGAUAAAUUGUCUAAAGAAAYAAUUGCAUCAGAAAUAAUAUUGAAAGAAAUAAUUAGAACUAUCCAAAAAGCAAAAUCUGUUCAUGAUGAUGCAUUAAUGAGACAUGAAAAAGCGUUAAAAGAAAAAUCUUUACAAUUAAAUUAUUUGCAAACUCAGUUUGAUCUGACGAAAAAAAAACUUUGUUCACAAUUUGAAAGAGAAAAGUCAUUAAUGAGUAAUUUAGAAUGUAAACUUGUUAACAAAGAUAUUAUAAUUUCUAAUUUAGAGAAUAAUGUUAGCGAAUUGCAAGARUCCUUGAAAAUAAAAACGGAUGAGCUUAAUGUAUUUAAAGAAUGUCAUGAUACUGUCAAUAAAAAGAAUAAAGAAAUUGUAGAAACGUGUAAAGAAUUAAAAGAUUAUAUUAAAAAAUUGAAAUGUACGUUUUCACAACUUUUAAAUUCUACGCAUGGAAAUGACAGUACUGUUGAUAAUAUAUCAGAUGAAUCACAGACAAAUGGUAACGAUGAAUUUAACAUUAUAUCAGAGAUAAUUAUCUUUGCCAUUAAUGAUGUGAAAGCAAUUAAAGAAGAUAUAUUACAUUUAUCUGAAAAAAACACGAAUUAUGUUGCUGGACAAGUAAAACAAAAUAUUAGCGAUAAAAAACUGCAAGUACAGAUCGAUCAAUUAGCGAAAGAGAAAAAAGAAAUGAAGAAUAAAUUAGAUAUGAUGAGGGUAAGAAAUGCAAAAUUAGAAAGAACAUUGGAAGAAGUUAGAACCGAAAAUAAAAAGAAUAAAGAAGUAACACAUCUUAAAUCUCAAUCAACUGAUGUAAAUGAUCUGAAGAAGCAAGUGACACAGUUGAAACAAGAAACUUUAUUGUUACAAGAAGAAAGAGAUAAAUUACAUAAAGAAUUACAAGAGCAGGCUAAAAAUAAAAUAUCAGAAACUCAAUUAAAGGAAAUUCAUAGUAAAUAUGAAAUGAAAUUAGAAGAAAUGAAGCAACAAAUGAAAAUAGCUUAUAAUGAGCAAAUGGUGAAAUUGAACAAAGAACAAGAAAAGACUAUAGAACUUAAAGUAGAACAAUUGCAAUUAAAAUUGGAGCAACAGUGUCUGAAGCAUAAAGAGGAAAUAGCUAAAUAUAAGACCCAUGUCAAUGAAUUAAAUUCACAAUUCUGGAAUGUCGGAGAAAGAUUAUUAACUGCGCAGCAAGAAAAACAAGAAGCCUUACAGCAAUUGAACGAAUUUAAGAUUAAACUAUGUAAUCAAAUGGAACAAAAUACUACGAACUUUUCUAUGCCGCAUAGACCUAUUAAAUUAGAAAAACAAGAUAUUCCUUUGGAAAAUAGUAUGCAAGAAAAUUCACGUACAUUUAGCAAAACAUUGGCAGAGGAAAAUACAUAUGAGAAACGCCAUAGUGCUAAAAAUAUGCAUGCUAUGGUCAAUGCUUUUAAAGCGGAAGAUGAAGAAGGAGAAGUUUUUGAUAAUAUUUACUUAGCGGAUAUGAAAGAAGGUCAUGGCUUGCCUAUAGUAGAUUUUGAUCGUUUAUCUGCAUUACAAAUGAGAAAUUCCCUUUGCAAACCACACUUGAAAUCAUCUUAUCCAGCCGAAACACAAUUUCAACCAUUAUAUUUAACCGAAGAAGAAAUAAAAACAGGUUCAGUUUCUGAUGAUGUAUUUAAUGAUAGUCUAAGUCAAAUUCUCCUUCCUGAACAAAAAACUAAAAAAAGAGAUAGAACGCAACCGUCCUAUAAAAAACCAGGUCCUCCAACACCUAGCAAAAAUGGAGGUAGAUUAUCUUUACAUGGCAAUGAAUUAAAAAGCCCAAAUUCAAGAAUCUUAAAGGAACGAAAUGUUGAUAGAAGGGCGACAGCAACACCGCGUCGAACUAAGGGAUUAUUGUACACUUUAAGACGUCAAGAUGAGAAUACUUCAAAUACGCCUAGAAUUCGAAGAUUAAGUAACAUGUUUCGAAAAUGACGUUCAAAUAUGGAUUAA